UGCAGCCAGAACCGUAUUUAAAAAUUUCAAAAGAACAAACCGGUUGUCGGAACCCUAGCUUUGACUCAUGUUUGAACUCUAUAAAACCCCACAUUGAUUAAUUUUGCUGAGCUACUUCAGCUGAAAGGAAAGUUAAAAGCAUUUUCAGGACGAUCUCACAAAUGGCAUCUGGAAGUACUACAUGUUCAGGAUUACUACUGAGUCUUGUAAUCAUUUUGCUUGUCCUAGAUUACUCUAGUGCAAGUGUUUAUGAAGGAACAAUAGGAAUCAAGAGAAAGUGGCUGAGGAGCAGUAAAGCAGGAAAAGAUAUCUCUCUUGACAGUGAUGCUUUUGAUGGUACUGUUGCUGCUGCUAAUGUAAGGAAAUUUCUUGGGGGAAGAAAAAGGUUGCUGUUGCUGGAUGAGAAACUGAUAUAUACUUCAGUUAAAAAUAAGCCAGCUGGUCUUGAGAAAUCUUUACCAGAACCAGAAACAGGACGUGAUCGCAUCGAUGCUCAGGACAAGGAUGAAAUGUUGAAGCAAAAGGGAACUCAGAAAUCUGAAGGAUCCACAUUUCCAAGUGGGGUCGAUAAGCACCAGCAACAUUUGCAAAAUUCGACGCCUAUCAAUUCCCUCAAUCACCAGGCGGUACCUAAGAGCUCUGGCAAUGAAAAAACGGCUGCUAAACACGAUCGGCGCAGCACGUUCAAGAAAAACGAUGAACCGGAGGCGUUUCUUGACGCAGCUGACGAGGUUGCAACCCUGAUGCGCAAGGACUACAAGGGGGCGGACCGGCCUCGACGUAAGCCACCAAUCAACAAUCACGAGCCACAAAAUUAAGGAGUACAAUUGAACUGAUAAUGUAGUCUAGUAACAAAUAGGCUUCACAAUUUUGUCCUCACGAGUGAAGUCAUCCCCUAAUAUAUACUACCAGUCAGAAAAUAGUCAAUGUUGUGUUUUUUCUUUGGUAAUUAGCAUAUAGGAGCAAUAUAGUGCUUAGAAGUAUAGGAGCUUUUUCUUUCUUUGUCUCCUCCAUCUUAACACUGUCAAGUAUGUAGAAACUUGUUAGUAUUGUACAUUAUACAAUACACUUGCUUUCUUAAG